AUGCUCAACUGUGGAAGGGAGUUAAGGUUUAUAGACGGAUUUAGUGCAUUUUGGAUAACGAUAGAGGGAGACAAACACCCCCCGCCAGCCGCCUGGCCGGGGAGGGGGCAGAGAAAGGCGAGGCACUGUUGUCAGAUCUGUCAGUCUAGCCAGGGCCUGGCCCCUCCCACCUCACUGGAGGCAUUACAUACUGCUGGUGCUCGUGCUCUUAGCAACGGUGCCUCAGCAACAGAGCCACGGCAACAGAGCUCCACGGCAACAGCGUGCCGUGUCUCCCCAAUGGAGCUACCAUUGGGCGGACCAGCGCUCAGGCACUACACCCAGAGCAGACCGAGACCUCACCGACAAAAACUGAACUACCGUCCCAGCAGACCACAGGAGACAAUAAUUGAGAGUGAAAAUGAAGUCCUUGAGCUCAUGGGGCGAGUGGAUGAAGGAGUUGAAGAGUUCUUUACUAAAAGAGUACUUCCUACUGAUACACUGAAAAAGCAAGAUGAGGAAUCCAUCACAGUGCAUGAAGUGGCUCCUGCCAGCUCUGUCCCUUGUCCACCCCCAACGAAAACGCUCAGGAGGAAGCUUGGUGAUUUCUUCACUCUCAAAAAGAGACGAGGUUUGAAGUCAGAGACGAGCCACGAGGGGCGUCCCAAAAAGGCCUCCAUCGCUGAUCUAAUUCGCCCGCUCAGGGAGGUUGCCAGAGCUGAGAAAGAAAAAGAUAAGGACCGAGUGAAGGAACAAGACAAGGAAAAUGAAAAGGAGAAAGCAAAAGAACCUCCCAGUGCUGGUACUGGAGAGCCAGCUGUUCAGGAGACCCCUGUUUCUGGUGCGCCGCCACUGAGAGGUGAAGCGGUGCCUCCCCGCCGAGCUCUCAGAGAGGGGAAGUCCCAGUCUCUCAUUUUGCUGUCUGGAUCAGCAGCAGCUGGGACUACUAAUGCCAGAAACACUGCAAAGAAACAAUUCGAAGGCCAACAUAGCUUUGAACAGAAACUCCAUCUCAUGCUUCAACGUAUUGGAGUUUCCAAGCCCCAGCCAGGAGAGACACAGAAUCAGGAGGGAGAGAUGAAAAAAGCUGAAUCUGAAGGUACUAUCAUUGACAGUAAACCUGAGCCACCUCCUACUUUUUCAAAACCUCGAACGAUGUCUGCGUCAUCAGAUACAAGGCAUCAAAUCCGACCAAGUGUGUCAGCACACGAGUCAGCUGGGAAACCUGCGUUGCUUCCAAAGCCAGUUAUCAAGCCAGGUCCACCUCCCACAACAUCUGGCCGCAACACACCUGAGAACGAGCUAGCCCAAAUACAGGAAGGGGAGACAAACACACCCACUAAACUCAGUCCAGCUGCAGCUCCGUCUCCUCCUGCUGCUCCUGCCCUCACUGCUAUCACCACUCCUACUGUACCGACAAUCUCAAACUCAGUCCCUGAAUCAACCAGUUUUACUAUCUCCCCUUCAAGUACUGUAACUCCCUCUGACACAGAUAUAUGCACUGACUCUGUUAACCCUACUGCAGCAGCUACAACACCCACGAAUGUUACAGAGCUUGACAGCAAAGCCUCUGUCCCUGAGAUUAGUGCAACUACUACUGAACCACCCACCUCUACCUUCCCAACAACCCUUACAAGCACGACUACACCCACAGAGCCCCCUGCCACUGUCUCAGUUACUUCCACUUCCUCUGAGUCCAUUACUCCAAGCCUCUCUGUCACUUCCAACUCAACAACAAUAACUACGCCUUCCAUUACCACCUCGGAAACUGUUUCUGCUCCCAGCAAUGAAAGCUCUGUUUCCACAACAUCAACAAAUCUGUUGACUAAAUUGACUUUGCCAGAGCCAAAUGGUGUUCUCUCAGUUGAUGCUACUUCUGCUGCUGGUGGUGAUGCAGCUAUUUCUGUCACCACCACAGCUUCUUCACCCUCCACCAGCAAAUCAAAUAUGCCAUCCACCUUGUCCACCAACGCUAUAUCAGUUACUCAGGCUAGUGGCGAUUCCACUUGCGAAACUACAUUUGCUCCAUCUGACACUGGUGAUACCAUUACAGCUACAGUUUCACCCGAUGCCCCCAUUACCACUUCCUCCACCUUGAUCUCAGCUGUCCCUUCUCCCACCACCUCCAGCUCCACCUCCUCUACCACCACCACCUCCACCACAAGCCCAGCACCCACCGACUGCAUGAACUCUGUCUCUGCUUCCACUAUUACUCACCCAGCUGUCCCCAGCCCAGAUGAUAUCUCUGUUCCCUCUACGUCUUUCAGUGAAACAACCCCUACAGACACCACUUCCACUACCACCAGUUUAAACCCUGCAGAUACCACUUGCGCCACCAGUUCAGCAACCACAGCUGCAGUUAGUUCUACACUCUCGACUGACUCAGACACACCCUAUACUAACAGCGUCAGCACUAUCCUCACUACCCCAACUAUUUCUAGCCUCCCCGAUACUGAUAACUCAAGUGCUACUUCUCACCAGUUGACCAGACCAGCACACUCUAAUGAUAGUCCAAGCCAAGAUAAUGAUUUACAGACAUCUCUCGGACCAAGAUCCAGUGCAGAGCCUGCAGAAACCGGCACAGCAGAUGAGGAGCUUGAGAUGGUACAAAAGAGCAAGCAAGCUGAGGUGGAUGAGAACAAGGGAGUUAUCAAUGGUGGAAAGAAGAGUGAAGAUGAAAAACCAACGCUGGUCAGCAGCAAAGAAACAAGAAAAGAAGUGCAGGAAGAAGGUGUUAAAGCUGAGGACGCAAUGGCUGAACCUCCAUCAGGGAUAGAGCAAAGUGGCAAUGAGGGAGCAGUAGAGGGUCAAAAACAAGAAGAAACUAAGUCAGUGAGCGAGAAGUAAUUUAAAAAAUAAAGAAAUUGCUAAAUAUGGGACCAACUACUGUGACAGGGGCGGGAGAGGCCACAGUAAAGGGUAAAAAUAUGGGGGACGAUCCAUGGCACUUCCUACAGGGACCACCACAUUACAGCAGCACACCACAAAGGGUGGGCCACUGGACCAAAGAACUGAGAUCCCCUUGGUGUGAUGUAAUCAGCAAAUCCAGCAGUGUCUUUGUCCUUUUUUAACUUAUGUUUGACUUUUUUGCAUUGCACGUAUGAUUAUGUACCAUAAGACAACUACUGUGGUUAAUUACACCAUGUUUACAAUA